GAUGUUUAGCAGAUUGUUUAGCGGCAGGCUUUACGUAACUUUACCCAUAUUUUCACGCCUGUCUAUAAAAGGCGAAGUGCAAGCCCAGAGGGGCUGACUAACAUCCUGAUUGAGCAGCAGCAAACUUGUAUGUCAGAUAUGAUGAAGAGGCUGAUCCUCGAUGUGGACACAGGGGUGGAUGACGCUCAGGCCAUCAUGAUGGCCCUGGCAGCCCCCAAUGUGGAGAUACUGGGGAUCACCUGCACGCACGGCAACACCCCACUGCAGAACGUCCUGAAGAACACCCUGCGGGUCUUGAAAGUCUGCAACAGGCUAGACAUCCCCGUGUACUCUGGCUUCGCUGAGGGCCUAAUGGGACGCAAAAUCCACGCGGGAGCCUUUCAUGGGAAGGAUGGACUGGGCGACGUCCCCGAUCCAGAUGCUCCGGGCCUGGAAUUGCUGCAGGAAAUGAAUGCUGUGCAAGCCAUUAUUUCCAUUGCCAGUAAAUACCCCGGGGAGGUUACCCUGGUCGCAACAGCACCCCUCACCAACCUGGCCCUUGCAGUCAAAAUGGACCCCUCCUUGCCCAGCAAACUGAAGGCGCUCUACAUCAUGGGAGGAAACAUUGAAUCCAGAGGGAACACAUCAGUUUGCGGAGAGUUUAACUUCCUGGCAGAUCCAGAGGCGGCCUACAUUGUGUUGGAACGCUACACCUGUCCCACCACCAUCGCUUCCUGGGAGUUCAGCUGCAGGAACAGCCUACCAUGGUCCUUUUGUGACACAUGGCUAGCCCAAAACACGCCUAAGGCUCGUUUCAUGGAAAAGAUCUCAGCCCAUACACGCAAGAUGGUGCAGACGGAUCGGUAUCAAAAAGAGCUGGUGUCAGGAUCGGGUUUCAACACCUGCGACACCUACGCUGUGGCUGCAGCCAUCAGUGACAACUUGGUGACAGAAAGCGAGGAGGUGGCUGUGACGGUGGAGCUGGAUGGAACAAACACCAGAGGCAUGAUGGUCCUGGACUACAUUGAUGUGCUGCACAAGGAGCAUAAGGUCACCAUCUUGAAGAAAAUAGACCUGGAGGUGUUCAAGGUGUUGUUGAUGAACGCGUUGAAGUAGUGGCUGACCUUUCUGCUGGUUUUACUAGGAAGUGACCUUUAUGACUCGGUUCUACAGUGUAGUGUCUUCCACACAGACUUACUUUGAUUUGAUUGACUGGGAUUUACAAAGAGGAAAGUGAUGCAGAUUAUUCCAACAAGAAGCCAAUAAAACCUUUUAUUGAAAGUGCUGGAAUGUACACUCAUUAAGAAAAAAAAUCCUCCUUGUCUCCUUUGUUUCUAUUUCAAUAAGUUGUUUUUUUCUGACUUCCAGAAAACCUAA